AUGUCCACUGUAUUGAAGUCCCCAUUGGCCAAGUCCUUAAAAAUUGCCCUUAUUCAGAUCAAAGCUGGAGCCGAUAAGGCUGCAAACUUGCAAAAGGUUUCGCAGUUUAUUGAUAAGGCAAUUGAAACUUCGACCAUAGGCAAAUUAGACCUUGUGAUGCUCCCGGAAUGUUUCAAUUCCCCAUAUGCUGUAGACCAGUUCCGUAAUUAUGCAGAAUUGAUCCCCUCAGGAGAAAGUACCAGCUUGUUGAGCUCGUUGGCCAAGAAGCACGGCAUUUUCAUCGUUGGUGGAUCCAUCCCUGAGUUGGAUCCCCAAGACGGUGACAAGGUCUUCAACACCUCGCUCACAUUCUCUCCAGAAGGUGAAAUAAUAGCUAAGCAUAGAAAAGCACACUUGUUUGACAUUGAAAUCCCGGGACAAAUCACCUUCAAGGAGCUGAUUACUCUCAGUGCUGGUGACAAGGCUACUGUAUUCAAGUUGGGAGAAUUUGGUAACGUUGGGUUAGGGAUUUGUUAUGAUAUCAGAUUCCCUGAAUUGGCUGCUGUUGCUGCUAGAGAUCCUAACAAUGCCUUUGCUAUGUUCUAUCCUGGUGCAUUUAACACAACUACCGGUCCAUUACACUGGCACUUGUUGGCCAGAUCAAGAGCCGUUGAUAGUCAGUUCUUCACUGUCUUGUGUCUGCCAGCCAGAGAUGUUGGGGGCAGUGGAUAUCAGGCGUUCGGCCACUCGUUGGUUUCAGACCCCAGUGGUAAGAUCAUCGCCGAGGCAGGUGAGGGUGAAGAGAUUGUAUUUGCAGAGUUGGACCAUACCUUACUUCCUAAGGCAAGAGAGGGUAUCCCGGUUAACUAUCAAAGAAGGUUUGAUAUCUACGAUGAUGUUACCAAGACUGCCAAAAUCCUGGACAAAUAG